AUGGAGUAUCAACAUGCUUCAGAGAUGAAUGGAGGAGAUGAGAGGAACCUGAACAUAUGCAAACAUACAGGCUUUUGCAUAGAAAAGAAGGACUCCAAGGACGCUGCAGAUGCAAAAAAGCUGUCUCACAUAGAGAAGGCUUAUACCACCGUACUGAGUGAGCUUGGAGAGGAUGUCGACAGAGAGGGACUUCUACGUACACCACUACGGGCAGCCAAAGCCAUGCAGUUCCUCACCAAAGGCUACAAAGAAACAACUCAGGAUGUCUUGAAUGAUGCAAUCUUUGAUGAAAACCACGAAGAGAUAGUGAUCGUCAAGGAUAUCGAGCUGUUCUCUCUCUGCGAACAUCACCUGGUGCCCUUCUUUGGCAAGGCUCACAUCGCAUACCUCCCAAACAAGAAAGUGGUUGGCCUCAGUAAGCUUGCUAGAAUUGUUGAGAUCUACAGCAGGCGGCUUCAAGUUCAGGAACGUCUAACCAAACAGAUUGCUUCAGCCAUCUCUGAGGCGUUGGAGCCUGCCGGAGUAGCAGUGGUGAUUGAGGCUGUGUCAGUGAAUGAUGCAGUCAACAUGGGACUGCACUACAUCCUAGAACACCUCGACUCUGCAGGGACAUACGCAAGGAUCCUGUUUGUGGACUUGAGCUCAGCAUUUAACACAAUCAACCCAGACCUACUCUGCACCAAACUCACCCAGCCUUUAAGUUCACCUCCAGAGUCAGGAAACCUCACUGCAGACCCUUCACACCCGGGACACAACCUGUUCCAACUUCUACCUUCUGGGAGGUUUUACAGAGAACUGUUCGCCCGAGCAACCAAACACAAGAACAGUUUCUUCCCACUCUGCUGA